AUGGCUUCCCGGCGCCUAGCCUUCAACCUGAACCAGGCUCUCCGCAGUCGCGCGGCCCUGAAGUCCAUCCAGCCCGUCAAGCGAGGCUUUGCGUCCCCGGUGACCUUGCCUUCGACCACCCAGUCCACCACCCUCUCCAACGGCUUCACGAUCGCUACCGAGUACUCCCCAUGGGCUCAGACCUCCACCGUGGGUGUCUGGAUCGAUGCCGGUAGCCGGGCAGAGACUGACAAGACCAACGGAACUGCUCACUUCCUCGAGCACCUUGCCUUCAAGGGUACCAACAAGCGCACCCAGCACCAGUUGGAGCUGGAGAUUGAGAACAUGGGCGCUCACCUCAACGCCUACACAUCGCGCGAGAACACCGUCUACUACGCCAAGUCCUUCAAUAACGAUGUUCCCAAGGCCGUCGACAUCCUCGCCGAUAUCCUCCAGAACUCCAAGCUUGAGCCCGCUGCUAUCGAGCGCGAGCGUGAUGUGAUCCUCCGUGAGCAGGAAGAGGUUGACAAGCAGCUCGAGGAGGUUGUCUUCGACCACCUCCACGCCACCGCUUUCCAGGGUCAGCCCCUCGGUCGCACCAUCCUCGGCCCCAAGGAGAACAUCCAGACCAUCUCCCGCGAGAACCUGACCGACUACAUCAAGACCAACUACACUGCUGACCGCAUGGUCCUUGUUGGUGCUGGUGGUAUCCCCCACGAGCAGCUCGUCCGCCUGGCUGAGGAGCACUUCGGUACCCUCCCCAGCAAGCCCCCUACCUCCGCUGCCUUGACCCUCGCCGCCGAGCAGAAGCGCACCCCCGAGUUCAUCGGCUCUGAGGUCCGUCUCCGUGACGACACCAUCCCCACUGCCCACAUUGCCCUUGCCGUCGAGGGUGUUAGCUGGAAGGAUGAUGACUACUUCACCGGCCUCGUCACCCAGGCCAUCGUUGGUAACUGGGACCGUGCCAUGGGCAACUCUUCCUUCCUCGGCAGCAAGCUCAGCUCCUUUGUUGAGCACCAGGGUCUUGCCAACAGCUUCAUGAGCUUCUCCACCAGCUACAGCGACACUGGUCUCUGGGGUAUCUACCUCGUCUCCGAGAACCUGACCCGCCUCGACGACCUGGUUCACUUCACUCUCCGUGAGUGGUCUCGUCUGUGCUUCAACGUCACCCCCGCCGAGGUUGAGCGCGCCAAGGCCCAGCUUAAGGCCUCCAUCCUCCUGUCCCUCGAUGGCACCACUGCCGUCGCCGAGGACAUCGGUCGCCAGAUCAUCACCACCGGCCGUCGCCUCUCCGCCGAGGACAUCGAGCGGACGAUCGGCCAGAUCACCGAGAAGGACGUCAUGGAGUUCGCCAUGCGCCGGAUCUGGGAUCAGGACGUCGCCGUCAGCGCUGUUGGCAGCGUCGAGGGUCUCCUCGACUACAACCGCAUCCGUGCGGACACCAGCCGCAACUCCCUGUAA